AUGGUUCCCGCGGAAGUAACUUUGAUAUUGAUAGCCUCAACCGUCGUUCUUGCUUCUCCGGUGACAAGUUUUGUUCCUUUUAGUUGGAAGAGCACAGAGUAUGUGCUCACUUUUGGCGACUCGUACACGUUUAUUCAAGGGACUGAAGGCCGUUGGGCGUACAGCUUUAUCGAAUCUCAGCUGAACAUCUCGUUCACUUCAAAACAGCUUCUUAGCGACCGCAUCGUCCCAGGCCAGAACACGUCUUCGGCUGGUGGUUCCAAUUGGGUUCAAGAACUUACUGGAUGCAAGGAGGGACACCCUCGAGACUGCGAGAAGCAGCUGUGGGGCUUUGCCUACGCGGGAGCUGACGUCUCAACAACAUUUGUUCCGCUCCAUUGGAAUCACACCAUAUCGUAUGAGAAUCAGAUCUACCAAUGGGACACCUACGGAAAGCCGGUCAUUGGAGCUGAGACCACCAGGACGCUGGUGGCAUCGUGGAUUGGGAUCAACGACAUCAACGAUAUGGCCAAUUUCAAAUUUCCUUAUAAUGGCUUGAGCACUUGGCAAGAAUUGUAUACCGCUGUUAUCGCUGAGCAGUUUUCUGCUCUUGAAGCCGUGUACAAUGCUGGCAACCGCCACUUUCUCUUCCUGAACCUGCCACCACUUGACAAAAACGUACGAAAGCCUUCAUCAGUCGGAUAUUUGUUGGUCUACGUGUUGACUAGCACGCAGCCUGCUUCCCAGUCCAACCCAGCGAGCCUUCCAAGCACGCAGAUGAUCAAGACAUACAACGAUGUCGUCAACCAGACAGCCAAGAUCUUCUCAGAGAAGCACCCUGACUCCACGGCCUUAGUUUUUGAUGCGUACAAAUGGCUCACUCAGAUUUUCGACGACGCGGCGUCUUUCAACAUCACCAACACCACAUCCUUCUGCCCCGCUUACAAGGCUUGGGACAUCGACACGAACUAUGUCACCUACGGCUGCCAGCCCAUUGGCCAGUACUUUUGGUACAACUCUGGCCACGUUACAUAUAGCGUGCAUAAAGUUUUGGCCGACAAGGUUGAAGAGUUUCUGCUUCGAAAGAGCGUUGGGCACUGCGGCGGCACGAACUCAACAGAGUCCGCGUGGGGAACUCGAUGGAUUAACGGGAAAGUCACUUAA